AUGGCUCUAACAAUUAAGUCCUUUAAAGAGCUUUGGACAAAAGAGUUAAUGCCUGCAUUUAAAAGCGAAAUAUUAAACGAUUUGAAGCGUGAAAUUAGAAACGAAAUUCAAAAUGUUGUGCAACGAUUUGAAACCCAAAUAGACGAGGUGAAAAAUCAGAUUCAAGGAGUUGAAACAUCGCAGUCAUUCAUCUCGGAUAAGUAUGAAAACGUGAUAGAGGUUACUCAGAGUAUAAAGAAAGAAAUGAAAACGGUUCAGAGUCAUUGUAAAGAAUCGGGAGAAAGAUUAGAGUAUUUAGAGCAAGAAGCUUCGCACAACAUGGCCGUGCUCGAUGAAGUGCAACAAUACCUCAGACGUGACUGCUUGGAGAUAACUGGCAUACCAAUUAUACCAUUAGACGACCCAAGUACUCUAGUAUUAGAAGUUUGUUCAGCAAUGGAUAUAGAAUUACAAGAUGAUGACAUAUCAAUUGCUCACAGGCUUCCUUCUACAACGAAGGUUAAAGACAGAAUUAUUGUUAAAUUUGUUAAGCGAAGCAAGCGAGACGAGGUCUACAAGUAUAGAUCAAAACUAAGAGGCAAAUCAACAGCAAAUUUACCCACAGUCAACGCCGAAAUACAGGAAGGCUCAAUUCGAAGAUCUACUAAAAUUCAUAUCAAUGAAUCGCUAACUG